CGGAUCAAAUCUGGCACUUCUGGGGAUCCUGGUUUGUUCUUUCUGUUUAUUUUGCAAAAGUUUCUAAUGGGAGGAGCAUCUGGUAAUCCCUUAUUUCCCAAGUUGUGUUUCAACUUCCUUUAGAAGCAAAUAUUUUCCUGCAGUAAUCAUAAGUUUUAGCAGGGAAGAACUGGACAGUGAGAGCUCUUUUGAAAAUACAUUUAUGCCUAAAAGAUCUAAAACAUGAGGCUACCAGCAACGAUUAUUUGGUUUACAAUAUGGACUGUUUGUGUGGCAGAAGACUGUACAGGACCUCCUCCAAGACAAAAUACAGAAAUUCUCUCAGGCGCUUGGCCUGACCAAGCAUAUCCUGAAGGCACUCAGGCUACAUACAAAUGCCGCCCUGGAUACAGAACUCUUGGAACUAUCAUGAGGGCCUGCAGGAAUGGAGAGUGGGUGGCCCUUAAUCCAGCUAGGAUAUGUCGGAAAAAGCCCUGUGGACAUCCUGGAGACACUCCCUUUGGUUCUUUUCAGCUCGUGGUAGGAGAUGAGUUUGAAUAUGGCGCGAAAGUUGUUUAUAAAUGUGAUGAGGGCUAUCAAAUGCUAGGUGACAUUGACUUCCGUAUGUGUGAUGCAGAUGGAUGGACCAAUGAAGUUCCCAUAUGUGAAGUUGUUAAGUGUUUGCCUGUGACAGAACCAGAUAAUGGGCAAAUUAUCAGUGAAUUGGAACCAGACCAGGAAUAUUAUUUUGGACAAGUGAUACAGUUUGAGUGUAAUUCAGGCUUCAAGAUAGAAGGACAUAAACAAAUACAUUGCUCAGAAAAUGGUCUCUGGAGCGGAGAGAAGCCAAAGUGUGUGGAAAUUUCCUGUUUAUCAGCACAAGUUAGAAAUGGAUAUUCUAUAUCUCAGAAGAACAUUUAUAAGGAGAAUGAACGAUUUCAAUACAAAUGUAACCCAGGCUUUGAAUACAAUGAAAGAGGAGAUGCUGUGUGCACUAAUUCGGGAUGGAAUCCUGAGCCUUCAUGUGAAGAAAAAACAUGUACUCCUCCUUAUAUCCCAAAUGGUGCCUAUUCACCUCAAAGGAUUAAGCACAGAACUGGAGAUGAAGUCACAUAUGAAUGUAAAGAUGGUUUUUAUCCUGCAACCAGGGGAAAUAAGGCAAAAUGUACAAGCAGUGGCUGGAUACCUGCUCCAAGAUGUAGCUUGAAACCUUGUGACUUUCCAGAAAUAAAACAUGGAGGUCUAUAUUCAGAAUAUAGAUAUAGACCAUAUUUUCCAGUACCUAUAGGAAAAGAAUACAGCUAUUACUGUCAUGAGAAUUUUGUGUCUGCUUCCAAAUCGUACUGGGGUUAUAUCCGUUGCACAAAAGAAGGAUGGUCGCCAGAAGUACCAUGCCUCAGGAAAUGUUAUAACAAUUAUGUGGAAAAUGGACGUUCUCCAGAUCCCUCGCAUACCCCAUAUUACCAAGAUGAUUCCAUACAGGUUAACUGUUAUCCCGGCUAUAGUCUUCCAAAUGGGCAGAACAAAAUUACAUGCACAGAGAAUGGCUGGUCCCCUCUUCCCAAGUGCAUCCGUGUCAAAACAUGUUCAAAAUCAGAUAUAGAAAUUGAAAAUGGGUUUCUUUCUGAAUCUGAUUAUAUAUAUGUUUUAAAUAAAAAAACACAAUUUAAGUGUAAGCCAGGAUAUUUAACACCUGAUGGAGAAAUGUCAGGAUCAAUCACAUGUCUGCAAAAUGGAUGGUCAAAUCAACCCACCUGCAUUAAAUCUUGUGACUUGCCAGUAUUUGAGAAUGCUGGAACCAAAAAUAAUCGUACUUGGUUUAAACUCAAUGACAAGUUGGACUAUGAAUGCCGUGUUGGAUAUGAAAACAAAUUUAAAAGUGUCAAAGAUUCCAUAACAUGCUCUUACAACGGAUGGUCUGAUACACCCACAUGUUAUGAAAAAGAAUGCACAAUUCCCAAAAUAGAAAAGUAUGUAGUUGCUGUUCCCACAAAAGAAAAAUAUAAAGUUGGGGACUUGUUGAAAUUCUCCUGCCGACCAGGAUUAAAAAGAGUUGGACCGGAUUCAGUGCAGUGUUACCACUUUGGCUGGUCCCCUAAAGUCCCCAAAUGCAAAGAUCAAGUACAGUCAUGUGAUCAACCUCCUGACCUCCUCAAUGGGGAAGUGACUGAAGCAAUGAAACAAGUGUAUGGACACAAUGAAGUGGUGGAAUAUAAAUGCAAUCCUAGAUUUCUGUUGAAGGGGCCAAAUAAAAUCCAGUGUGUUGACGGAGAGUGGACAACCUUGCCGAUAUGUAUUGAGGAGAAAAGAACAUGUGGAAGCAUACCCGAACUUGCCCAUGGCUAUGCCCUGGCUGCUGUCCCUCCCCAUCACCAUGGACAUUCAGUGGACUUCAAUUGUACUGAAACCUACACAAUGAUUGGACACAGAUCAAUUGCAUGUAUUAGCGGAACGUGGACCCAACUUCCUGAGUGUGUUGCAACAGAUCAACUUAAGAAUUGUAAACCACCAAAUGUAAAUAUAAAUCAAGCAAGUCAAUCAGAUAAGAGUGAAUUUCACCAUAACUCUAACAUAAGCUACAAAUGUAGAGGAAAGCCAAAUCUUCAGCACUCAAUCUGCAUAAAUGGAAGAUGGGAUCCUCAACCCUCUUGUACAAAAGUAGAAAAAAUCUCAUGCCCACCUCCACCUCAGAUUCCCAAAGCUCAAAAUAUGAUAACCACGGUGAAAUAUGAUGAUGGAGAAAAAAUAUCUAUUCUUUGCCAAGAAAAUUAUAUACCUCAGAAUUCAGAUGAAAUUGUGUGCAAAGAUGGAAAAUGGCAGUCACUACCACGCUGUGUAGAGAAAAUUGCAUGUCCUCAACCACCUCAUAUAAACCAUGGAACUAUCAAAUCACAUAGAUCUUCAGAAGAAAGGAAAGAAACUGCUGAAUCUAGACCAUAUCCACAUGGUACUAAGUUAAAUUAUACUUGUGAAGAUGGUUUUGUAUUAUCUGAAGAAGGUGGGAUAACAUGUCACAUGGGAAAAUGGAGUUUACCACCACAGUGUGUCGGGCUUCCUUGUGAACCUCCACCUUCAAUUUCUUAUGGUUUUGCGUCUCAAGAGUUAGAAAGUUAUCAGUAUGGAGAAGAAGUUACAUACGACUGUCUGGAAGGAUUUGGAAUCGAUGGACCUGCUUUUAUAAAAUGUUUGGGAAAAAAAUGGUCCACCCCACCAGUCUGCAUAAGAACAGAUUGUUUUAAUGUGCCCACCUUUGAAGGUGUCAUACUCAUAGAGCAGAAGAAGGCAUCUUAUAGUUCAGGAGAACACGUGACAUACAAAUGUCCAAGAUCUUACCAAUUGGAUGGUUCCAGCAUUGUGACAUGUGUUAAUGGCAAAUGGAUAGGAGAACCAAAAUGCAAAGAUAAUUCCUGUGUGAAUCCACCCAUAGUGAAAAAUGCUACUAUAAUAUCAGUCCAGAUGACUAAGUAUCCAUCUGGUGAAAGAGUACGAUAUGAAUGUAACAAACCUUUUGAAAUAUUUGGAGAAAUAGAAGUGAUGUGUCUAAAUGGAACAUGGACAGAACCACCUCAAUGUAAAGAUUCUACAGGAAAAUGUGGGUCUCCCCCACCUAUCGACAAUGGAGACAUUACUUCAUUCCCCUUACCAGUAUAUGCCCCGCACUCAUCUGUUGAAUAUCAGUGCCAGAACUUGUAUCAACUUCAGGGCAACCGCCAAAUAACAUGUGAAAAUGGAGAAUGGUCCAAACCACCCAAAUGCUUAAAUCCAUGUAUAAUAUCAGAAGAAAUUAUGGAAAAAUAUAAUAUAAAGUUCAAGUGGAGAGAAAGACAGAAGCUUUAUUCCACAUCAGGGGAUGAAGUUGAAUUUGUAUGCAAAAAUGGGUAUCGUUCUGCAUCUUUAAAACCAUUUCGUGUAAUGUGUCAUGAUGGUCACCUGGAGUAUCCUAGUUGUAAAAAAUAUAAUAAUUAUGGUUAAAAGCAUUGGUAUGAUUAAACUGUUCAGCUUUAUCCAGAA